AUGAAUUCAAAAAUUAAAGGUAUAACGGAUGAUAUAACAUCAAUUCCACCAGAAGAACAAAGAUAUUACGCAUUAAAUGCAUUUCCUAAAGUUUUGAAGAUUGGAAGAUUUAAUUUAAAUGAGGAAUUCAUAAAAGGUUUCCUAAAUGACAUAAUGAAGAAAGCAGAUAAGGAAUAUGUGGAUAGUGCAUUAAUGAAGAAGGUAGAUAAGGAAUAUGUGGCUAGUGAGUUAAUGAAGAAAGCAGAUAAGGAAUAUGUGGAUAGUGAGUUAGCAAAGAAGGCAGAUAAGGAAUAUGUGGCUAGUGAGUUAAUGAAGAAGGCAGAUAAGGAAUAUGUUAAUGAAAAAGAUAAUGAAAUUAUAGAAAGGGUUGAAUGGUAUCAUGAACGGACAUCGAAGAUUCUGAAAACUAAAGCUGAUACAGGAUGGGUUUCAGAAUGUUUAGACCUUAAAGCAGAUAAAACUUAUGUUAACGAUGAGUUAGCAAAGAAAGCAGAUAAAACUUAUGUUAACGAUGAGUUAAAUAAGAAAGCAGAUAUAUCAUUUGUUAACGAUGAGUUAGCAAAGAAAGCAGAUAAAACUUAUGUUAACGAUGAGUUAGCAAAGAAAGCAGAUAUAUCAUUUGUUAACGAUGAGUUAGCAAAGAAAGCAGAUAUAUCAUUUGUUAACGAUGAGUUAGCAAAGAAAGCAGAUAUAUCAUUUGUUAACGAAAUAUACCAAAGUUUAGUUGGAACAAAAAAUAUUGAAACUAUUGUUGGCGACUUUUCUGUCAAUGAAGAAAACAAAUAUUUUAGAUGGGAGUUUGUACAGUCCUUAAGAAAUGGUAUACGGUAUAAACUCAUUCCGAAAAAUAACAAUGAAAUGUAUGUAGGCUAUAUAAAGAAUAAUGGCACACAAGUUAAAGUUCCAUUAGACAACAACUGCUACUUAAACUUAUAUGGAGACGAACAAAAGAAAUAUUUAAGAGUUUAUGAUAUGACAGAUAUGACAUUGUCUAACGUAGCUCCAGCACCGUAUUAUUAUGACUAUGGUGUUGACGCACGUGUAGACCCAAAAAAGCAAACAUUAUAUUUAGAAUAUUAUAGAUAUAAAAGAUAUAAUGCAAUAGAAAAAACGAGAAUAGUAUACUAUUAUGAAGAUGACAGAAAUAAAUAUUAUAGUCAAGAUUUUACAUACCCUGAAAACAUAAGAUUAUAUUAUAAAAAAUAUUCUGACACAAACCAGAAGAAACCCGAAAUAGUUACACUAUAUUUUAAGUUCAAAAGAGACAAUCCUAUAAUAUCUCAUAUGUUUGAUUUAAUGAACCCAGUAGGUUCUAUUUAUACAUCUAUGGAUGUGAGAGGUCCUCAAGCAAUGUUUGGUGUUGGUGCAUGGGAACAAAUAGUCGACAG